AUGGUUGCCGUUUCAAAACUUCCCGACCAGUCGACACAACCACAAAAACAAAAUGGCUUCAAAACCAAUGAGAAUAGUAAAUCCUACCAAAAUUUCGUGACAAUAGUAGAAAAUUCAUAUGCUUGUCCAUUCGAUACAUCCUUUAGUGACUUUUUCUGCGUCUACUGCAGGCAAGUGUUUACAGACUCCAACAAACUUCGAGAGCAUUCUAUGACACAUGAUCCAACUACCUUGAAAGAUGUGCUAUCGAAUACACCGAGUAAUAAAAAAUUACAAAUCGAUGUAUACCGAAUAGACUGCCGAUUGUGUCCAGAAAAUAUUGAUAAUUUAGAAAAAUUCACCGAUCACAUAAAAAAUAUCCACCAAAAAACUUAUCACAAUAACUCUGACGACUUCCUCAAAUAUCGUCUGACUUCCGGUCCGCCAUCUUGUACAGAAUGCGGGGCGACGUUUAGUUUUUUUCAUGCGCUAAAAAAGCAUAUGGCGGAACAUUUUGGUACAUGCAUUUGUGAUAUGUGCGGUGCGCAUUACUUCGAAGAACGAAUGCUAAUUCUUCAUCAGAAGACUCACCAGAAGGUUGAAGAGAGUUUCGCGUGUAAAGAAUGCGGGAAAACCUUCAAAUCUAAAUAUACAAGAUAUAUACACAUAGCGAGGACCCACAAAAAAGAGGCGGCAUACCAAUGCAAUAAAUGCGAUGAACUGUUCUUCUCUUACACUCUGCGGUAUCGACACAUGAUAGAAGUACACGGUGAAGAAAGGAUGUUUAAAUGUGAAAAGUGCGAUAGGGCUUACGAUAGUAGAAAAUCUCUUCGAGAGCAUAACAGACGGUUUCACUUAAAAAUUUUAAAACAUCAAUGCGAUAUGUGCGACAAAAGAUUCUAUCUACCCUCUCGGUUGAAGGAACACAUGGCAAGUCACACUGGGGAGAGAAACUUCAGAUGUGAAUACUGUGGGAAAACCUAUCCACGAUUGAGAGGCCUAAAAGUGCACAUGCAGUCGCACAGCAGUGAAAAAAAAUUUAAAUGUGAGUUAUGUAAUGCAUCAUUUGCCCAGAAAGUGAAUUUAAAAAAUCAUGUCAAACGGCAACACCAAAGUCUAGAUAUGGAAGGGAGUUACAAUGAA